AUAUAUGUCAGUCACACAGAUUAUAUUAUUAUUAAAGUUCGAUCGAGCAACGUGAUUUGUUGUUGUGUUUAUUUUAGUUUGCAGAAUAUAAAAACCAAACAAAAUGCCUAAAAUUAAAGCCGAAAAGAAAAGCAGAGUUCACAAUGAAAUAGCCAAACAAGGUAUUCAGUUCAAUAAAGACUUUGGCCAGCACAUCUUGAAGAAUCCUCUCAUCAUUACUUCUAUGUUAAAUAAAUCUGGACUCAGGCCUACUGAUGUGGCCCUUGAGAUAGGUCCAGGUACUGGUAACAUGACUGUGCAGAUGUUAGAAAAAGUUAAAAAAGUAAUCGCGUGUGAAAUCGAUACUCGGUUGGUCGCUGAGCUUCAAAAGAGAGUACAGGGAACACCAUUUCAGUCAAAACUACAGAUCCUCGUGGGGGAUGUCCUAAAAACAGAGUUGCCUUUCUUUGACAUAUGUGUUGCUAACAUCCCAUACCAGAUAAGUUCCCCACUGGUGUUCAAACUGCUGCUGCACAGACCAUUCUUCAGAUGUGCAGUGCUCAUGUUCCAGAAGGAAUUUGCACAGAGACUGGUGGCCAAGCCUGGAGACAAGUUAUACUGCAGACUGUCAAUAAACACACAACUGCUGGCUCGAGUUGACAUGUUGAUGCAGGUUGGCAAAAACAACUUUAGACCUCCACCCAAAGUGGAGUCAAGUGUGGUGAGGAUAGAGCCCAGGAACCCUCCCCCUCCCAUCAACUUUGUUGAGUGGGACGGCCUCACGAGAAUAGCAUUUGUGAGGAAAAACAAAACACUGUCUGCUGCCUUCAAACAUGCCACCACCAUGACAGCCUUAGAGAAAAACUACAGGGUUCACUGUUCUUUGCACAAUAAGGAAAUACCUGAAGACUUCAGUAUCAAAGAAAAAGUGCAUGAAAUCCUGCUAAAUGCUGAAGCAGACCAGAUGAGGGCCAGGACUAUGGAUGUGGAUGACUUUAUGAAGUUGUUGCAUGCAUUUAAUGCAGAAGGAAUACACUUUGCAUAAUUUAA